AUGGCGGCAGGACUCGUAGUUCUCUUUCUUGGGGUAUCUAUGCUGUGCCAUGCAACAGCUAAUGAACUGAAAUAUGAUGAAGCUUUAUUAACCGUGAACAAUCAUCUUCUUGAACCCAUAACUUUACUUUAUGUCUCAGAUUACUGCUAUAAGUGUCUUUUACAGCCACUUAUGACUCUUCCAGCUGCCCAAAGCCUCCAGCCUACAAACAAUACGAUCAUUAUCAGCACGGUGUUUGCACUGACUGUCCAUGUCUUGAGAGGAGGUGGAAAUCAGGAUCCAGUGUGCAGCUGGAAGCAGUUAUAUGAAGAACAUGGCCAUUACGUAAUUUCCAUUCAGUCGAAAAAUCGAACAAUGCAGUGCUACAACCUUGUGAGCAGAUCUCCCUCAAACUAUCUUUUGCCAUUGCUGGCUGCCGUUGUCUCUCUGCUGUGCGUUUGGGGAUUGUACUACUUUACAGCCUAUGUCUUCAGGUUGGCCUGCACUCAAAAGUUAUUAGAGGAGUUGAAAAAGAAGAUGGGCUGUAUGCUUAAAGAUGAAGAUGAUGUAUCUGUUAGCCAAAGACAAAAUACUGAAGUUCCCAAACACAGGCGGUUGCUUUCUCUGGAUACAUUUAGGGGGUAA